AUCGUUUUCGGGCCAGCCGCCUCUUUGAUCUAUCUGUGCGUUGUUACGCACAGUGACGCUCAUAAAUCACGACAGGCGGAUUGAGGAGCGUCCCCGGAAUUAACGGAGGAGAGAGACUGAGAUAACCGAUAACGGAUACGCUGAAUUUAACUGAUUCCCCGAUAAAUAGCGCGGCUUACCGCCGGGCUGCAGCAGCUGAGAGCGGCGGACUGAGCGAGGACUGACCGGAGGAAGGGGGACUGGUCUCCCGCAAAGCCCGUCUUCACAGAUGUGGGGUCUCUCCAUCCAUGGCCUCCUCCAGGUGACCUGCAGUGACCCCAGUCACUCCUGACUGCAGCUUUAAACUCCUGAUCCAUUAAAAGACUUCUGCAGGAGCCGCUGAAUUAUUUAUCAUCAGACAGUGGGCUCGGCUGCGGAGCCAGAAGGAGAUGGAGAGCUAGAGAGAAGGAAAGAUGGAGAGAAAGGGAAGUAUGGAGGUGUCCGACGCUGCAGGAAAGCUGUGAGUCAGCAGGGAGAGAAAGACACGGUGGGAGGGAAGACGGAGAGAGUUUAUAGAUAGCUUUAGGUGAUACGACUGGAGAGAGUGGCGUCAAACGCCUCUCGGUGUGUUUGUGAACGUGUGUGUGCAUGCGCUUAUCGAUUUGAGCAGAGAAGGUCAUGGAGCCGAGAGGAGAUUAGCAAGCUAGACUCGGAGCACGGCGGCAGAGCUAACGCCUCCUCUGAAUAGCAGCUAGAAAAAAAAAGGAGAGAGAGAGAGAGAGAGAGAGAGGCCAGGCGAAGGACGAGAGGAGCUGCUACAGUAUGGGGGAGAGCUAUAUGUAUCGGCGACUCCCAUACACCAGAGGAGUGGAGGAGGGGGAGGAUGAGGACGAAGAGGAGAGAGACAGAAGGAGCAGAGAGAGUGUCGGCGGACAAAUGAUGCAGUGUGAGGAGGGGACAGACUGGCUGCUGGAGUUGCUGACAGAUGUGCAGCUGCAGCAGUACUUCCUGCGGCUGCGCGACGAGCUCAACGUCACGCGACUCUCCCACUUCGACUACGUCAAGAAUGAAGACCUGGAGAAGAUCGGCAUGGGGCGCCCGGGUCAGAGGAGGCUUUGGGAGGCAGUCAAAAGGAGAAGAGCCAUUUAUAAACGCAAGUCCUGGAUGAGCAAGGUGUUUCCGGUUAAACGACCCGACGGCGACCCCCAGCAGCCCCUCCCUCAGGGGGCGUCAUCCGAGGCGGGACCGGCCUAUAGCGAGUCGGGGGCCUCGCUCACCUGCCUGAUCAGAGAGUCGGAGCUGCAGCUGUUUGAGCGGCUGGGAGAUGGCACGUUCGGGGUGGUGCGGAGAGGAGAGUGGACCGGACCCAACGGCAGAAUGUUGUCAGUGGCAGUGAAGUGUCUGAAGGCCGGUGUGUUGGACUCCGACGGCCUGGACGAUUUCAUCAGAGAGGUGAACGCCAUGCACUCACUGAGCCACGUUAACCUCAUCCGGCUGUACGGCAUCGUCCUCACGCAGCCCAUGAAGAUGGUGGUUGAGCUGGCCCCUCUGGGUUCCCUGUUGGAUCGUCUGAGAAAGCGUCAGGGUCACAUCCUCAUCUCCUCUCUGUGUAACUACGCUGUGCAGGUGGCGUGCGGCAUGGCCUACCUGGAGCAGAGACGUUUCCUCCACAGGGACCUGGCGGCCCGCAACGUCCUGCUGUCCACCAACGAAACGGUGAAGAUCGGAGACUUUGGCCUGAUGAGAGCUCUGCCAACACACACCGACCAAUACAUCAUGGAGGAGGGCCACAAAAUCCCUUUCCCGUGGUGUGCUCCAGAGUCUCUGAAGUCUCGUACUUUCUCUCACGCGUCUGACACCUGGAUGUUUGGGGUCACUCUGUGGGAGAUGUUCAGCCACGGACAGGAGCCGUGGCUGGGCCUUAAUGGGAGCCAGAUCCUCCACAAGGUGGACGUGGACGCCGAAAGGCUGUGCAAACCAGACGAUUGUCCUCAGGAUAUUUACAACGUCAUGCUGCAGUGCUGGAGCCCCAAACCUGAGGACAGACCCACCUUCAUCGCCCUCCGAGACUUCCUGCUCGAGACCAUGCCGACGGAUAUGAAAGCGCUGCAGGACUAUGAGGAAGAAGACAAACUCCAGAUUAAAAUGAACGAUGUCAUGACCAUCAUAGAGGGAAGGGCGGAGCACUACUGGUGGCGAGGUCAGAACAAGGGGACGCUGCGUGUCGGCCAGUUCCCACGCCACGUGGUGACGUCAGUCGCCGGUCUGUCCGCCCACGACAUCAGCCGGCCGCUCAAACACUCCUUCAUCCACACUGGACAUGGAGACACAGACCCUGACAGGAGCUGGGGACACGCUGAUCGCAUAGACAGUCUAUAUUUGGGGAACCCCAUGGACCCUCCUGAUAUCCUUGGGAUGGAGUCGGGCACCGCGAGGCCGACCAAACUCCCCAACCGUUCCAAAAAGCAACCUCCUCCUCGGCCGCCCCAACCUGCCGUUCUGCUGAAGAAGCCGUUCUACGACAGCGUGAUGGACGACUACGACGAAGACGACGCCGCAAGCGCGUCGUCGGGGCUGAAGAGGCUGGGAGUGUCCCUGGGGCUGAAGCUCCGACCGUGGGAGGGGUCCGGCGUGCGCUCGGCCAAAAGCGAGGUGUCGCUUAUCGACUUCACUGACGACAGCUUCAGCUCGACCACGCCAUCUCCGCUCAAUGAGGCGUGGCAGCCGGACGAGGACACACUGAAGGACACUCCGUCCAUCCUGGACUGGCCUCUCCCUCAGCCAGCUUACGACGAGGUCGCUACGGAGCUCGAGGACCAAUCCGAGGACCACGAGGUGCGGUCUAUCAACAGGGGAUUCACUGAGGAGACCGCCGCCUCGCCCAGCGCCGCCAUGGCGGGCAGGAGCGAGUCACAGUCAGCUGACAUCUUCCAAGAACUGCAGAGAGAGGUGAUGGUGAAGCUGCAGGUUCCCAUGGCGACAGGCCGCUCCCUCCCCUCCUCCCCCCUCCCUAUGCCCCUGGCUCCGUUGGGCCCUCAUCGACAGAUCUGCCUGCCUCCUCCCUCCCCCACCUCCAGCUCCUCCUUCGCCUGCUGCUUUGAGGACCGGCCGGUGUUGCCCCCCCGCAGCCCUGUCCCCCCGAUGCGCCCCUCCAAGCACAACCCCCCCGGCCGCACCACCCGCCCGCAGGCGCGCUCCAGCUCCAUCUCCCUGGGCGACGAGGAAGACACGCCUCCUCAGAUCCCACCCAGAGACCACGCCUUCUCCCAGCCGGGCUCCCGCUCCUCCUCUCCCCUCCCACUGGUGCCGCCGCUGUCCUCCUACCCUGUGGCCCUGCCUCCUCCUCCCCUCUCCGUCUCCCCACGCCGGGCGUCCGGGCUCCUGGGUCCCCUUCUGUCCUCCAACUCCUCUUUGGCCCAAGCCACAUCACAUUCCUCCCGGCUCGCAGCUCACGCUUCCUCCUACUCCUCCAGCUCCUUACUGGAUCCCCUCACCUCUCGUGAGGGGCGUGGCCUAUCCUCACUGAUUGACAGCCCUCAGAGCUCUGCUCCCGCCCCGCUGCCGGAGCGACCAGCUUUUCUGGAAAGAUACGGAGCAGCCAAUAUGGCGGCAGUCAAACCCAUGAUUCAGCAUCCCGGCGGAGCCAAACCAAACUCUUCCUACAACAACAACAACGGGCGAAGUGCAGCUCCCAGCAUGCAACAGGAGCAGAGCGUCACACAGGUCCAAGGAGCCGUACACGGAGUCACGCUGGAGGAGUGUCAGGCAGCUCUGCAGAGUCACAACUGGAGCAUCCCUCAGGCCGUAAAUCAUUUGAAGGUGGAGCAGCUGUUUCGGCUGGGCCUGCGGUCGAGAGCCGAGUGUGAGGAGCUUCUGCAGCGCUGCCAGAUGAACCUGGAACAGGCCAGCACGCUCAUGCUGGACACAUACGGACCACAUCGGAACGAGAAGUGACAGCAUGAGGACAAACUUGGUGAGGAAGCUGGGAUGACUCACCGCUCGGAGCCCUCGAGACACAGUGAUGCUUUUUAAUGAACAGAGGAACAUAGAGCAGUAUACAGUAUGUGCCUCACUGAAUGUACUGUGAAUUCCUGCUAUUACACACAUGCUCAUUAUUAUCUAACAGUGCAGCUUGUUGAAUGAGUCACAUUUACUUGAACAGUUGCUAUUUAUGUUUUUAUUACUACCUGAAUAAUGACAAGUUAUGUUUCAGCUGGUAGCUACUGCAAACCUUUACUGCGUGUGUGUCUGCUGUGAAUGUGUGCAUGUUCAGCUGUUUGUUCACGCAUAAGCUUACAUUUAGGGCUGACCCGAAUGAUUUGAAGCUUCGAAGCUUGAGUCGUCGGCGUGGUAAUAAACAUCCAAAUCAGUUUUCGAAUGCUUCGGUUUGUUCUUUUUUAUUUAUUUUUGAUAUAUGCAUUACCCCAACAAUCCAGAAUAGCCCAUGAAAUAAGGAACCCUAAUCCUACGUAAUUCAUGUGUGCAUCAACAUGAAUUAUAAUUCGUUAUUUUCAGCAGAGUGCGGUUUGUUAUUUUGAGUAGGUUGAGGUGCGGCACUGUCCCAGGUACUGGAAUUGAUAGACAGACAGACGUAAAAACAUCACGUCGCGGCCUGCCUCACUUCAUCCUGGCGCCUGGCCUAAGCUAUCAUCUAACUACCCGCACCGAAACUAAAUAUUGGACCAAAAUUUGCGAUGAUGACAACCAAAAAGUAGAGUUCCAGCUAUACCAGAGAAAACUGGCAUAUCACAAAUCUACAGCGAGUUUGGCAAAUACCUGAAAACUGUAACAAUAACAGCUUAGCCUUGAUAAAGUAUGACUGCCAGGCCUUUUAAAUCAUAUGUAUAUAUGUGUGUAUGUAUACUUUAUUUGAUGUGAUUAUCCAAACGUUUCUGCUGUCUGUCAGCAGCAGCAGAGUGCACAGCGGCUGGCUAGGCUGACAGACAGACAGACAGACAGCAGUUAACUAAACUUAAGUUAACGUUAGUGUUGUAGUCAAUUUUGCUGCAUGUGUGUGUGUGUGUGUGUGUGUGUGUGUGUGUGUGUGUGUGUGUGUGUGUGUGUGUGUGUGUGUGUUUGUGGUAAUUUUGUGUGAAUGGUUUGUUUGCUACGUCACCUGCGCACCUGUGUGUAUGUGUGCUAAUCAGAGGUUAGAAAG